GACAAGGAUAUGAUAUGAACUUAAAUGCAUCCCGUCGCUCUCAUUAAAAUAAGAUAAAUUUGCACGGAAAAUAGAUAUUAUGAGAAGAAAUCUUUGAUCGAUAAGAAGGUUUUUAGGUUAGUGUGAAAAAAAAAAAAAAAGCUUUCCUGACUCUGAUUUUCUGUGAAUCCCUCUGCUGUGAAACCCUAGAUUGAAUUUGAGAAACGAUGAACGACGCAGAUGUCUCCAAGCAGAUCCAACAGAUGGUCAGAUUCAUCCGGCAGGAAGCCGAGGAGAAAGCCAACGAGAUCUCUGUCUCCUCCGAGGAGGAAUUUAACAUUGAGAAGUUGCAAUUAGUUGAAGCUGAAAAGCGAAAGAUUAGGCAAGAAUAUGAGCGCAAAUCAAAACAGGUGGAAGUUCGUAAAAAAAUUGAAUACUCAAUGCAGCUGAAUGCUUCUCGUAUUAAAGUUCUUCAAGCACAAGAUGAUGUCGUGAAUUCCAUGAAGGAGUCUGCCAGCAAGGACCUUCUGCGUGUUUCAGAUGACAAAAAGACAUACAGCAAACUUCUCAAGGGUUUGAUUGUUCAAAGUCUGUUACGUCUGAAAGAGCCAUCAGUAUUGUUGCGGUGUAGAGAGAUGGACCGCAAGCUUGUUGAAUCUGUUGUAGAUGAAGCAAAGCAACAGUAUGCAGAGAUAGCCAAAGUUCAUACCCCUAACGUGGCAAUUGAUGAUCGUGUAUACCUUCCACCACCUCCUACUAAUGCGAAUUCACAUGGUCCCUCCUGCUCUGGAGGAGUAGUGUUGGCUUCACAAGAUGGGAAGAUAGUCUGCGAAAAUACACUAGAUGCAAGGUUGGAUGUUGUUUUCCGUCAGAAACUGCCUGAGAUACGGAAGCAGCUCUUUGGACAGGUUGGUGCCUGAUUGCAUGGAUCAGAUCCCUUUCAACCUGUAAUAAAAUGAUUGCCAUUUUCUUGUCUUUAAUGGAUUGUAGCUUAUUAUCCAAAAAAGGAAAUGGAAAAAAUGCUGGAUCAGAACCUGGAUGGUUGAAGCAUCAGUUUCUUCUUCAACAGUUUCAGUCCAGGAGAGUCCAUGUUGUUUAUGGAAAUUAUGAAUCCUUAUAUUCUCAGCUCUAUAGUUAAUUUAAGCUAUUAU